UAGUACAAUAUUAUACUUUAAUUUAUAUACCUAUAUAAAAAAAUUAAUCGUGGGCUAAGAUUUCAAUAAUUAAAGUUGCCAAAAUGAACACUGUACGAAAACUAAUGCCGCUAUGCUCAAAACAAGUAUUUUCAGGUAAAAGAUUCAAUUCAAAUGAUUUAACAAAUGAUGAAAACAAGAUUUUAUACGAAAAAUUAUUGAAUAAAAACUAUAAUAGUGAAAAACAUACAGAAGCGAGUUCUUUUGCUAAAUGGGUAACACCUCAUUAUAAAUUUGGGCCUUCGCGUGUCAUGAAUUAUGAUUGGUCUAUAAAAUCCAUGUUAUCCUGGUACAAAAGAAAAAGAGUUGAAUUUCACAAGUACAAUCAACGUUACAUAUCUGAACGAGUAAAAUCACUUGGAAGUGAUAUAGCUAUAUCACAUUUUGUUGUUUAUCGAGGAGGUGCAAUAAGAUUUCAAGGACAGGAUAACUUUAUCAGAUGGACUAAUAAAAAAGAAGAGUACUAUGUCGAUUUACCACAAAAUUACGACCCAAAUUAUUUUGUUGAAGCUAUUGAUGUAUCAGACUUAAUGUUAUAUUACCAAGGACUAGAAAACUUUAAAAAUCUAUUUAAAUUGAAAUGGUUAAGUUUAAGAAAUAAUCCUGUUCUGGACAAUUGGUGCCUGGAUUACAUAGGGCAUGCAAUACCUAAUUUGGAAUAUUUGGAUAUAUCUAACUGUCCUCAAGUAACAGCUGCUGGAAUAGCUGGACUUCAAAAACUAACUCAACUCAAAAUAUUAGUGAUAAAUAGUAGUGAUGUAGAAAUUCAAAUGGCAUGCUUUGCAUUGGAAGAUAUAAUUCCUGGAUUAUUUGUUGUGAUUCAAGAAAAUAAAGAUACUAAUUACAAACAAAUGGCAAAAAUGUAAAUAUUAAUGAAAUAUAGUAAAAAUAAAUUGAUUG